CAUCAAAAAUGAAGUACCUCGCCGCUUACCUCCUCCUUACCAUCGGUGGAAACGCCUCCCCCUCCGCUGAGGACAUCAAGUCUGUUCUCUCCGCCGUCGGCAUUGAGGCCGAUGAGGAGCGUCUCUCUUCCCUCUUGAAGGAGCUCGAGGGUAAGGACAUCAACGAGCUUAUCGCUGAGGGUUCCUCCAAGCUCUCCUCCGUUCCUUCCGGUGGUGCUUCCGCUGCCGCCUCUGGUGGUGCCGCUGCUGCUGCUUC